AUGGAGAAAGGAAAGGAAGAAUGCAAAGCUCAUUGCUUAAUCUUGCCAUUUCCUAUCCAAGGUCACAUAAAUCCUAUGCUCCAAUUCGCUAAACGUUUGAGGCAUAAAGGAGUCAAAAUCACACUAGCUGCAACGAAACAUGUAUUCAAGACUAUGCAAGAAUUUUCUGGUUCUGUUUCCGUUGAAACAAUUUCUGAUGGAUACGACGAAGGUGGGAUUUUGGCUGCAGUGAGCCAAGGAGAAUAUUUAGCUCGUUUUCGUCAAGUUGGGACACAAACUCUUGAAGAACUUAUCGAAAGGCUUAAAAACUCGUGCUGUGCCGUUGAUUGUAUAGUUUACGACGCGUUUAUUCCAUGGGGUCUUGAUGUAGCCAAGAAAUUGGGAUUGGUUGGUGCUGCUUUUUUCACACAAUCUUGUGUUGUUGACCAUAUUUACUAUCACGUGUACAAAGGGGAUGUAAAACUUCCACUUUCAGAGAGUGAAAUUUUGAUUCCUGGAUUGCCUCCAUUAAAGCCCCCAGAUAUGCCUUCUUUUCUUUAUGUUCAUCGAUCAUACCCUCCUCUAUUGGAAAUGGUUGUCAAUCAGUUCCAAAAUAUUGAAAAGGCAGACUGGCUACUUUUCAACACCUUCCACAAAUUGGAGGAAGAGGUGAUUGAUUGGAUGGCAAAGUUUUCACCAGUGAAGGCGAUUGGACCAACCAUACCAUCGAUGUACUUAGACAAGCGCAUUGAAGACGACAUAGAAUAUGGACUUAAUGUCUACAAGCCAAUCACUGGUGCCUGCAUGGAAUGGCUCGAUAAAAGAGAAUCCGAAUCAGUGAUUUAUGUUUCAUUUGGAAGCUUGGCUAAGUUGGGAAAAGAGCAAAUGGAAGAAUUGGCAUGGGGCUUGAAACUAACCAAUAAAUACUUUUUGUGGAUUGUUAGAGCAUCAGAAGAAUCAAAACUUCCUAAAGAUUUUGCAGAAGAGACUUGUGAAAAAGGCCUAAUACUGUCAUGGUGUCCUCAGUUGGAUGUUUUGGCGCAUAAUUCAGUAGGUUGUUUUGUCACACAUUGUGGGUGGAAUUCUACGUUGGAGGCAUUGAGUUUGGGAGUCCCAAUGGUGGCAGUGCCACAAUGGACCGACCAAAGCACAAACGCGAAGUACGUGAUGGAUUUUUGGAAGAUUGGAAUUCGAGCGCUGCCAGAUGAGAACGGGAUGAUGGGAAUUCGAGCGCUGCCAGAUGAGAAUGGGAUGGUUAGUCGGGAAACGAUUUGCAACUGCACGAGGCAAGUUAUGGAAGGCGAGACGGGAGAAGAGAUCAAGAAAAAUGCCACCAAAUGGAAAGAACUGGCCAGAGAAGCAGUUGAUAAAGGUGGAAGUUCUGAUACAAACAUUGAGGAGUUUGUUUCUAAAUUAGUCCAAAAAGGUGAAAGUUCUAAUACAAACACGGAGUACAGAUUCAACUCCUUCUACGGCAACCAAGUCAUCAAGUUCCAUACCAACCGGAUGAUAAUGGAAUCAGCUCUGCUGGCAUGGUGUAUUCAUUUUAGAUUUGAGAAUAAUAUUGCAGAAUUCUUUCUUCUCUGUUUCGAUCUCUUCUCUCUGUAUUUCUUAUUUUUAUUCAAUCUUCUUAAUGAAGCCAUGGUUUUCAAUUCGAGAAUUCCACAGCCAUAUCCAAUCCAGGGACACAUAAAUCCUAUGCUCCAAUUCGCCAAAAUCUUGAGGCAUAAAGGCGUAAGAAUCACUUUAGUCUUAACAAAAUUCUUGCGAAAAAUCGUGCAAGAAUUUUCAGAUUCAUCCCAUAUUUCCCUGGAAACAAUCUCUGAUGCAUUUGAUGAAGGAGGGAGGGAUUGUAUAAUUUAUGAUCCAUUUCUAUCAUGGAGUCAUGAUGUAACCAAGAAAUUUGGCCUAGUUUCUGCUGCAUUUUUCACUCAAUCUUGUGCUGUGGACAGUAUUUAUUACCAUGUGUAUAAGAAGAAGUUGAAACUUCCUCUUUCAGAGACUGAAAGAAAUGUGAAUAUUCCUGGAUUGCCGGUAGUGGAACCUUCAGAUUUGCCUUCUUUUGUUUAUGUUCAUGGAUCAUACCCUGCAACUUUUGAACCGAUUCUCAAUCAGUUUCAGAAUCUGGAGAAAUCAGACUGGAUUCUAUUAAAAGUUUUGGCUCACGAGGCAACAGGGUGUUUCAUCGCAAAUUGUGGUUGGAAUUCCACAUUGGAGGCAUUGAGUUUGGGAGUUCCUAUGGUAGCAAUGCCACAAUGGACUGACCAAAGCACAAUGCGAAGUUUGUUAAGGAUGUUCGGAAAAUGGGAAUCAAGACUAGGCAAGACACGAAAGGUUUUUGUUUAUCCUCUCUAUAUAGAAAACGAAAACUUGCAUAGAACACUUAAGACUUCAGAUUCAAUUAGCCUCAGAAUGGAGAAAGGAAAGGAAGAAUGCAAAGCUCAUUGCUUAAUCUUGCCAUUUCCUCUCCAAGGUCACAUAAAUCCUAUGCUCCAAUUCGCUAAGCGUUUGAGGCAUAAAGGAGUCAAAAUCACACUAGCUGCAACAAAACAUGUAUUCAAGACUAUGCAAGAAUUUUCUGGUUCUGUUUCUGUUGAAACAAUUUCUGAUGGAUACGACGAAGGUGGGAUUUCUGCGAGAGGGAGCGAAGAAGAAUAUAUAGCUCGUUUUCGUCAAGUUGGGACACAAACUCUUGAAGAACUUAUCAAAAGGCUUAAAAACUCGUGCUGCGCCGUUGAUUGUAUAGUUUAUGAUGCGUUUAUUCCAUGGAGUCUUGAUGUAGCCAAGAAAAUGGGAUUGGUUGGUGCUGCUUUUUUCACACAAUCUUGUGUUGUUGACCAUAUUUACUAUCACGUGUACAAAGGGGAUGUGGAACUUCCACUUUCAGAGAGUGAAAUUUUGAUUCCUGGAUUGCCUCCAUUAAAGCCCUCAGAUAUGCCUUCUUUUCUUUAUGUUCAUCGAUCAUACCCUCCUCUAUUGGAAUUGGUUGUCAAUCAGUUCCAAAAUAUUGAAAAGGCAGACUGGCUAUUUUUCAACACCUUCCACAAAUUGGAGGAAGAGGUGAUUGAUUGGAUGGCAAAGUUUUCACCAGCGAAGGCGAUUGGACCAACCAUACCAUCGAUGUACUUAGACAAGCGCAUUGAAGACGACAUAGAAUAUGGUCUUAAUGUCUACAAGCCAAUCACUGGUGCCUGCAUGGAAUGGCUCGAUAAAAGAGAAUCUGAAUCAGUGAUUUAUGUUUCAUUUGGAAGCUUGGCUGAGUUGGGAAAAGAGCAAAUGGAAGAAUUGGCAUGGGGCUUGAAACUAACCAAUAAAUACUUUUUGUGGAUUGUUAGAGCAUCAGAAGAAUCAAAACUUCCUAAAGAUUUUGCAGAAGAGACUUGUGAAAAAGGCCUAAUACUGUCAUGGUGUCCUCAGUUGGAUGUUUUGGCGCAUAAUUCAGUAGGUUGUUUUGUCACACAUUGUGGGUGGAAUUCUACGUUGGAGGCAUUGAGUUUGGGAGUCCCAAUGGUGGCAAUGCCGCAAUGGACCGACCAAAGCACAAACGCAAAGUACGUGAUGGAUUUUUGGAAGAUUGGUAUUCGAGCGCUGCCAGAUGAGAAUGGGAUGGUUAGUCGGGAAACGAUUUGCAACUUCACGAGGCAAGUUAUGGAAGGCGAGACAGGAGAAGAGAUGAAGAAAAACGCCACCAAAUGGAAAGAAUUGGCUAGAGAAGCUGUUGAUAAAGGUGGAAGUUCUGAUACAAACAUUGAGGAGUUUGUUUCUAAAUUAGUCCAAAAAGGUGAAAGUUCUAAUACAAACAUUGAGUAG